CUCGCUCCUAUCAAAACCCUACCAUCGCUCCCAUUUUCCGACGACGAUGGCCGCCGGCAUGGACAUGUCGCUUGACGACCUUAUCAAGAGGUCCUCCGCCGCCGUCGCCGCUCGCCGGCGAUCCAACCAUUCCGGUCCUGAGCGCCGGUUCACGGUUCACAAUGCGGGCAGAACGACGCCGUACGGCAUCCCUCAGGUAAGGCAAGUGUGGCAACAGAGCAUGGUUACGGGAAUGGUUUUGGGUGAGGACGGUGCCACUAAGACUGAAAGCGGCGCCAAACUCUAUAUAUCUAACUUAGAUUAUGGGGUUUCCAACGAAGAUAUUAAGCUGCUCUUCGCUGAAGAGGGUGAGUUGAAAAGAUACUCCGUUCAUUAUGACAAGAGUGGGAGAUCAAAGGGAACAGCAGAAGUUGUCUUUGUGAGGCAGUCUGAUGCUUUAGCAGCCAUCAGGAAAUACAAUAAUAUGAGGCUUGAUGGAAAACCAUUGCAAAUUGAGCUUGUUGGAACAAGUUUGGUUAAUCCUACUGUUGUGCCGCUUGGUCAAAGUAGCUUACUGGGAAAACCAAAUGAUGAUGUCAUUGUAAGCGAACGAGGAAGGGUUGGAGGGAGCAGGUUCCACAGUGGCAUAGGAAAAGGUCACCUUCCAAGGGAUCAUAUAGAAGAGGACGAUACUCGAAAGACAUCUUUUGGAGAUCUUGAUCAUAACUUGGAGAGGUAUCACCGCUUUCCGAGGGGCCACGCAGAAGUGAAGGGCCAUACUCGAAAGGUGUCUGUUAAAGAUCUUGAUGAUGACUUGGAGAGGUAUCACUUAGAGGCUAUGCAGAAAAAAAAUGGAAAGUGA